GCAUGCUGUUGGCCUUACUGAAGAACUCCACGCAUCCCGCAAACUCGACAGGGAAUCGCGCCGGUUUUCUGUGGGACCGCUUCCUGGACAAGGUGAGGGAGGCCCUCUACACAACGACGACGCACCGCUCGUCAGGGUCUUCGACGGCUUCGAGGCUGUCCCACUCGGAAGAGAGACCACCCUGCGAGCGUGACUUCAACGACGUCUAGUACGUCGCCACGUUGGGCGGAAACCAUCUCCUUCGACGAGGACACGACGAUUGUCGACUACGGCAAGAUUGACGACCACGUGAUACUCGACGCCGGUUCGACGUCCGCGAACGGAUUCUCGAGCGCACUCGGAAAGGCACGGUCUAAACUGGAAGCGAGAAGGAUCGGCGGACAGCAACGUUUCGUCUUUCAGCUACGACGCCAUCGAACCGAACGUGAAACUCGGGAAGGCUGUAAAAGGUUCGAAUGGAGCCGUGAACGGCUUUAACGACACCGCAAGCCUCGGGUCACCGGCGGGAACGGAAGACGUCCACGCCAGAUUCGGCACUGGGUCUCGCAAAGAAAUCUCCAGAACGAACUGUACUUCGGCCGUGUGGAAAGAUCACGAAGACGGACCGAUCCCCAGCUCGACGCCACCGGAUGCGAGGAGAGUCAGCGAAAACGAAGCUCAUGAACGUGUUAGUCGAACUCAGAUGCGAUCGUCCUCCUUCGAAGCACCAGCUGUCGAGAACAAACUGAUCGGUGUGGUAUCCGCAAAUAAAUCGAACGACGGGACGAUGCGAGACAUAACAAUGCAGGAAACGCAGCCGGAACUAGAAUGGUCUAGCUCUUCAAUUCAAAGGAAAGACCCGACACAUCAAACGGCUUCAUUGGUCGAGGGCAAGUACACGGCAACCGGAAGCACGUUCCUUCCAUCCGGGGUCAACGAGGUAAUUGGAAGGGUCACGUGGACAUCCCGCACUUCCGAAAAUAUCAACCAUUACGUUGAUCCCUUCGAACUUGAAAGUACGCCGCUCGAAGAAUUACGAAGAGGCGUCGAUGUCAAAUACUCCGCGGGCAGUCCGACUCUUCCCUCACCAGAAAAAGAAAACGCGUCCCAGGCAACUGAACUCACUUCAAGCUUUACACUAGAACUGUCCGGCUUGAAGGGAACUGGUAUUUUCGAAGACAGCGAAGAAAAUUUCAGAUGGUCCAAAAAUGACGGUGACAUUUUGGUUGGGACGAAAUCCGACAACAGCGGUGCUGCUUUUGGCGUUGCUCGAGCCGUUCCCGGGUCUAAUCGGGCACCCGUCGAGGGCGUCUCCAGUGUAACAUUUGGCUUCGACGAAGGCAUACCGCAUCCGUUAACGAAGCCUCCAGGGUACAGAAGAAGAAUGGAAGUUUCAGGAGCCGGGAGUGCGCCUCACUCUAUUGCUAAUGCAGCCGGUAAUCCGGAAGGAAGCUUAGUGCCGAAUAGAGUUCGUGAAACGGUGUCGGACGGUAGCAUACCCGCGGGCGACGGCGUGUAUCCAAUCAAGGCAGAUAGCCCAUCUCCCAGAUCAAAUACCGAACAUCUACUCACUAAUGGCUCUGUUAACCACCUUUACUUGUCAAACAUGACCGAAAGUGAUAAAAGUACUUCGUCGUUGGACUCAGAGGCGCGUUUCCCGGGGACGCUCCGAGUUGCACGUACAACGAGCAAGGCUAAUCUUACCGCCGACGCGUGGUUUGCGAAGCCAUUAGAUUUGAACAAUUCGCAACAGACAGAAGGUUGGGGAAGUGCUGGCGAAUCGCAAACGCGACCGAGCAUAGCAGAAGAUCACGCUUACGACCGCGCCUUUCUAAGACGUCAAAGUCCUCGAGGUAGCGAAAGCAGCGCCGAAGUAGAACGUCGGCUCAGCGAGAGACCACUGCUCAACGCGAAGACGUCCACCUCAGCCUCUCCGUCUAGUUGGCGCCCGGUCGAAGAGACAGGAAAGUUCAGGCAGCUGCGCGUGGGCGAUAAUGGUGGCCGCAAUACGGAGCCUUUUCAGGAAGACAUACCGCCGCAAGAAGAGGCCAGGCCAGCCACGGAAAAGAAGGCGACGUCGGCAGAUCCUGCACCUCCGUCACUGGAGGGGCAUCCCAUGGACUACAGACCAAUGGCCAGAGGAAGUUCGUCGACGACGACGGCCGAUUCGUUCAAUCUGCUUCGCGAACUCGACCGCAUCGCCGACGAGUUCACCGAGUUCCUCGAAAGGAAGGAGCGGCGGGAACGAGAUGAAGAUCACAUCCAUACCACCGUCGACCCGGAGGAAGAGCUGCUCGAUGCGGACGCAGCGAUAACAACGGUCGUUGACGGCGACCAUUCUUUGGCUGCUUCUACCGAAGUCGAUGACCUCGGAGUCGAGUGGGGCGCGAUGGACAUCGGUGGUCCGACGAUCCCAGGAGGGGUGGGACCCACGGUCUUCCCCACACGUGACGAGGAGGAGUUCUCGGAGCACCCGGCAGAAGAAAGGAAAAACCGCAUUGCGAGCGAGAAAACAGGAUCACCAUUAUACUGCUCUGUCGGGCCAACGUACUCGGGGCCUCUUCCUCCAUCACUCUGCAGUUACUUCGUCGUUUAUGACUCAGUGCAUUACGAUUCAAAUAGGAAGACCUUACAGGCUGUCUUCAGAGGUUCGUGGAGCGAACUGGCGGACAGUGUUGACCGCUUCAGGCUCGGACCCCGCGUUCUCCUGGCUCUCGAUGCUAAUCAGUUGCGGGCCGUGCUCACGGACUUCCCGGUGUCCGCGGUCUUCGCUGCUAAGGCGAGGUCGUUAAUCCUCGAGGGCAGUCUCUCCGGACUUGCCUUUGACCUGAGCCUGGCGACGGACUACGAUGCCAGCUCGCAUGCCACGCUUCUUCAGGGGACGAGAGACUACAUGCCGGGCUAUCACUUUGUCGGUCUCAUCGACUUCAUCGCCGCGACCGGACUUCUGCGAACGAACCUAGCAGAACUCGCAGGGUCAGUGCACAAGUUAUUUCUGCGCAACGAUCCACGCCACGUACACACCCUCGGCACCUCGGUUCCAAAUCCGUUUGCGUCGCCAAACCGCAAGUCCUAUUCCGUGGAGAACGCUAUGCGGUUGGCAGAGAGCUUGAGGCUGGUGUCGCCCGACCGCGAUCACGUAUGCUUGAGCGUGUCGCUGGCCGUGUACAAAUUUAACGUCUUGGACCAGGACGUUGACCCUUCGACCAACCCCGGCGUCGGAUCAUUGGCUUCCUACGUCAACACGGCUUUCUCCUACUCAGAGCUUUGCGAGGAGUACAGAGAUCCGCACAGACACUUCGACGACGCCACUCUCUCGACGUAUGUGCACGUAGGCGAGGCGUGGCUCGGCUUCGAUGACGACAUGUCGAUGGAGAUAAAGAUUGACAAGCUGUCUCGAGGACACCGUGUCGGCUGCCUGCUGGCCGACAACAUCGACUUGGACGACUUCAGGAAUGUUUGCAAGAAGGGCGACUUCCCAAGGCUGCGCCUGCUCAAGCGCUCUGUCUUGAGCAGAGAGCGACGAUAGAUUCCUUCUUUCCCGCUAUCAGUCACCUGACCAGACCAGUGCCAUUGGACUGCAGGAGAACGUAGUAAAUACA